AUGCCGGUGGUGGUGGUGGCGGCCGCGGCGGCGGCGCCAAUGCGCGGGGGCUGCGACGGCGGCGGGUUGAAGGGCGCGAGGCGGACGGGCCGCGCCGGCCUGGCGGUGGGGCGGAGGCAGCGGGCGGCCGUGAUGCUCCUCGCGCUGGCGUACGCCGCGGCGAUGCUCGUGCUCUUCCUGGGCGGGGGGCGCGCGGGGCCGGGAGGCGGCAUGGUGCUGCGGCGGGGGAGCGCGCCGGCGCCGGCCGGGUCUGUGUACCGCAGCCACCUCGUGUUCGAGCGCCUCCUCCCGGAGAUGCACGCCUCCGCCUCCCGCCCGCAUCCGCUAAUGACAUCACAUAACAAAAAAUCUGGAAAGCGAUGGGCACCUUGUAUCAGAAAGAGGUUGGCACAAUCAGAGUUACCACCAUCAAAUGGUUUUCUCAUAAUUGAAGCAAAUGGUGGUCUCAAUCAACAACGCAUUUCUAUCUGCGACGCUGUUGCUGUGGCCAGCUUACUUAAUGCAACUCUUGUCACCCCUGCUUUUCAUUUGAAUAGUGUGUGGCGUGAUUCCAGCAAGUUUGGCGAUAUAUUUGAUGAAGAUCACUUUAUUGGGUCACUGAGAAAAUAUACAAGGAUUGUCAAAGAACUUCCUGAAGAUGUUUUUAUGAAAUUUGAUUUUAAUAUCAGCAGUAUACCCAAUAUGAGGACCAAAGCCUUCUCAUCUGAAAGCUACUACCUAGAAAAGGUGCUUCCAAAAUUGCUGGAGCUAGGGGCUGUGCGUAUUGCUCCUUUCUCAAAUAGACUUGCCCAUUCGGUUCCACCAAAUAUCCAGGCAUUGAGGUGUUUCGCUAAUUAUGAGGCAUUGAGAUUUUCUGAACCCAUAAGAACUCUUGGAGCAAAUAUGGUUGAUCGAAUGAUCAAGAAGAGUUCUUUAACUGGUGGGAAGUACAUCUCUGUGCACCUUCGCUUUGAAGAGGAUAUGGUUGCUUUUUCAUGCUGCAUAUAUGAUGGUGGCUUGAGGGAGAACAUUGAAAUGGAAAAUGCUCGUGAAAGGAGUUGGAGAGGGAAGUUUCACCGACCUGGUCGAGUGAUAAAUCCUGAGGCAAAUAGAAGGAAUGGGAAGUGCCCUUUAACUCCUUUAGAGGUUGGAAUGAUGCUGCGGGGUAUGGGAUUUGACAAUACAACCUCCAUCUAUGUUGCCUCUGGUAAAAUAUACAACGCAGAGAAGUACAUGUCUCCUCUUCGCCAGUUGUUUCCACUUCUACAGACAAAGGAUACUCUCACUUCACCUGAGGAGCUUGCUCAGUUCAAGGGUCACUCAUCUAGACUGGCAGCACUGGACUACACGGUCUGUCUUCAGAGCGAAGUGUUUGUGACAACUCAAGGAAGCAACUUUCCGCAUUUUCUGAUGGGGCACAGACGUUACCUAUACGGAGGAAAUGCGAAGACGAUCAAACCAGAUAAACGGAAACUAGUUGCACUCUUUGACAACCCAAAUAUCCGGUGGGAUCGCUUCAAGCGCCAAAUGCAGGAAAUGCAUCGGCACAGCGAGUUGAAGGGUUUUGGAGUCAGGAAGCCAAAUGGUUCCAUAUACACCCUCCCGAUGCCUGACUGCAUGUGUCAGCAGGCUGAACCAUGAUAUGCUAGAGCACUUAGGUAGCAAAGGGGUCUGGCAGUUUUGACACCAGUAAGUAGCCAGACCAUAUCGACAUUUUUUAGCAGUAUAAGCACCAGUAAUUUGUCUCCUUUUUUUUCUUUUUUCAACCAAGAAGAGAUUACAGAUUGAGGUGCAAAUUAUGUGGUUGUUAAUAUGAAUCCAUUACACCAUAUUUAGAAAAUGGUAUAUGUAAAAAGCGCAGCUAUAUAUGCAGAUUUUUUUUUCUGUGGUUAUAAGAUACAAUCAGGU